GCAGAUAGAUAUUAUUUUUGCAAAAAUGAAUGGUGAUGUUGAAAUGAUGGACGAAAGCAGUGAAAAAGUUGCAAUUUUAGAUGCUGGUGCACAAUAUGGAAAGGUUAUUGACAGACGAGUGCGAGAAUUAUCUGUUGAAUCGAUUAUAUUACCACUAAAUACUUCCCCAGCAGAGUUAAAAAAGCAAAAUAUACGAGCUGUCAUAGUUUCUGGUGGCCCUGGUAGUGUUUAUGAUUCUGGUGCACCAAAUUGGGACCCAACCAUCCUAACCUCAGGCAUACCGAUACUUGGUAUAUGCUAUGGCAUGCAAUUACUUAAUCGUGACUCUCCUGGCGGUAAAGUUGUGAAGACUCAAUCACGCGAAGAUGGCCAAUUUGCUGUUAAUAUGGACACCACCUCACCUCUUUACAAAAACCUUAAUAAAACAGAACAACUUCUCUUAACUCAUGGGGAUUCAUGCACAGAUAUUUCUCCUAGUUUAAAAAUCAAUGCAACAUUUGAUAAAACGAUUGCUGGAAUUGAAAAUAGAGAAAAAAAGAUUUAUGGGGUACAAUUUCAUCCUGAAGUUGACUUAUCUGUUAAUGGUAAAACGAUUAUGAAAAAUUUCUUGAUUGAUAUAGCUGGUUGCAAACCAACAUACACAAUGAAAAGUCGUCAGAAAGCUUGCAUUGACGAGAUUACUCGUUUAGCUGGUUCAUCAAAAGUUUUGGCUCUUGUUAGUGGAGGUGUGGAUUCAUCUGUCUGUACAGCUCUUCUUCACAAAGCCAUAGGUGCUGAGAGAGUUGUAGCUGUUCAUAUCGACAAUGGUUUUCUUCGAAAGGAGGAGAGUAAAAAGGUGAAGGAGUCGCUUGAAGCAAUAGGCUUGAAAUUACAUGUAUACAAUGAAAGUCAUAAUUUUUACCAUGGAACUACACGCAUACCCAGAGAGCUAGGGAACAACACUGUUAAUAUAGAAGCCGGUCCACUUCACAGCGUGGUUAAGCCAGAAGAAAAAAGAAAAAUCAUCGGAGACACAUUUAUGAAGGUUUCUGAUUUUAUCAUGAAAGAUUUAAAUCUUGACCCUGAAACAACAUUACUUGCACAAGGUACUCUCAGGCCAGAUUUAAUUGAAAGUGCUUCAACCUUGGCCAGUGGAAAUGCAAAUACUAUAAAGACUCACCAUAAUGAUUCUCAGUUGGUGCGUUUACUGCGAGAGAAGGGAAGGGUUAUUGAACCACUGAAAGAUUUUCACAAAGACGAAGUCCGACAACUUGGAACUGAGUUAGGAUUACCUGAUGCUCUUGUGCAGCGUCAUCCAUUUCCAGGUCCAGGACUGGCUAUCAGGGUAUUAUGUGCACAAGAAAAAUAUAGCUGUAAAGACUUUUCAGAAAUUAGCAAUUUAUUAGGAUUUAUAGUCAACUAUUCGAACGCCUUAAAAAAGCCACAUCCAUUGUUAAAUCGUAUCCAGAAUGGUCUUCCUGAGAUUGAAAUUCAAAUGUUAAAAGAUAUCAGUUCAAAACACAGUUUUACUUCCACUUUGUUACCGAUAAGGACAGUUGGAGUACAGGGUGAUUGUCGUACAUACAGUUAUGUUGCAGCAUUAUCAUCAGACGUUGAAAAUCCAUCAUGGGAAUCCCUUAUGAAGUUGUCCAAAAUCAUUCCAAAAUUAUGUCCUGUUAAUAGAGUAACUUAUGUGUUCGGUGGAAAAGUGAAUUAUCCUAUCCAAGAAAUCACGCAUACAACCUUGACGUCAAAUGUGUUGAGUUUGUUACGACAAGUGGAUUCUCUUGCAAACGAAACGUUACUGAAACAUGGCCAGAUGAAAAAAAUAACACAAAUGCCAAUUGUUCUCAUCCCAGUCCACUUUGAUAUUGAUCCUAUUAGUAGAGAUCCACAUUGCCAACGUUCUGUUGUGAUCAGACCUUUCCUAACUAAUGAUUUCAUGACGGGAGUUGCAGCCCAGCCAGAAAAGGAUUUACCUAUCAAAGUAUUAUCAGAAAUGGUCUCAAAAAUACAAGCGGUUGCUGGUAUCUCAAGAGUUUUAUAUGAUCUUACAUCCAAACCACCUGGAACUACAGAAUGGGAAUAAAGAUGAUUUGAUCAAUUUCUAUAGGACCUUCCUGUUUUUGUGCUUUUGCAAAAACCUUUUUUGUUAGAAAAA